AGAAAAGAUACAAGUAACACCCGCAGUCUUUGCAACGUCAAGUCCACCUCUGUUUUUUACUACUACUCUUUUAUCUUCUCUCAGAAGCAACCGGACGACUACUAUUGACUUUGAAUCCUGAAUUCAUAUCUUUUGAGCUGAACAUGGAUAAACCCACAACCUCCAACUUCCUAGACUCAGGCAGCAACAACAUGGCUCACAAAGUCAUUGCAAUUGCCACUGGUGAAUCUCACACUCUGGCUCUCACCGGGGAUGGAAAUGUGUAUUCUUGGGGCAGAGGAACCUUCGGUCGUCUGGGCUCAGGUUCAGAAUCUGACCUACUUUUGCCGACCAGAAUCAGAUUCUUUGAAGAAAACAAGCUUAAAAUUGUUGGGAUUGCCGCUGGGGCUUAUCAUAAUCUUGCGCUUGCAGAUGAUGGAUCAGUCUGGGGCUGGGGACAUAAUGUAUAUGGCCAAAUUGGUAGCCAUGAAGAGAAUUCUUCAUUGCCUUGCUUGUUAGAAGGGUUUCUCGGAUUGGGAUCACCGAAUUUGGUAACAGAUGAUUUGGAGACUGUGACGAAGACACCCUUUAAGGUCUCUUCUGUCAAAGCUGGAGGAAUGAUGUCUCUAGCAAUUGAUGAUCUUGGUGGUCUCUGGAUAUGGGGCAACUGCCCUCAUCCCCAGCAAAGCAUGUCACCCCAGGGGGAAUUCUCUCUUGUUAGCUGUUCUGCCCCAAUUCCCCUCUGGAGUCUUCAUGGUCAGACUGUGGUUAAAGUGGCAUGUGGGAAUGAGCAUGUUGUAGCGUUAGUGAGUGCUGAAGAAACUUAUAAUGGCAAUGACCUUUUAUGCUAUUCCUGGGGUUCUAAUAGCCAUGGCCAGUUAGGCUUGGGAGAUAAAGAGAGCAGGUUAUACCCUGAAGUUAUUCAAACAUUUAAUUUGGAAUCUCCAUGGGAAGUGUAUGAGGUAGCAUGCGGUGCUUUCCAUACAGCAGUUCUGACUAACAAAAAGGAACCAAGUGACACAUUAGAGAGCUUUUGCUGGACUUUUGGCCUUGGGGACAAUGGGCAGCUUGGUCAUGGAACAACAAAAAGUGUCCUAUCCCCUGAACCUGUGUUGGAGUUGCCACAAAACACAUUCCUUAUAUCUGUUGAUUGUGGGUUAUUUCACACCAGUGUUGUUUCAUCAGCUGGAGACGUUUGGUCUUGGGGAAUGGAAAAGGGGCUUGGUCUGUGCCCUGAUGCUAGUUUCACGGGAACCGAUUCCGGAGAUGCUAUUUCUCCCCUGUUGAUUACAUCCAGUAGCCUCUAUGGGCCUAGAAAUCCUGAACCUGUUCAAGUUGCUUGUGGUGCAGCCCACACUGUUCUUGUUGGAGAUAAAGGGUAUAAGCUCUGGUCUUGGGGAAGGGGACGAAGUGGAGUCCUUGGAAAUGGUAAAUCAGAUGAUUAUUUUGCUCCUACCCUUGUAUUGUGGCCACCGCUGGUAGAGGACUUCAGGAAAGAGGUAUCAGGAAAUGGUGGUGGUGGUAUGAAAAAUGAAGCAAAGAAUCCUGAAGCAAUUGCAGAGACGGAAAAGAUGUUGUCUGCCGCAAUGGAGGAGAUGAAGCUCCUUGCUUCCAAACUUUCCGUAAUGGAAAGGUAUGCAAGCAUACUUCAUGGUUCAGUCUUUGGGAAGGCUUUUGAAGAGCAAGAUAUCCCAAUGUCGCUGCAGAGAUCAGGUACAUUUGACAUUGCUAAAGAGUGGGAGAACAUGUUGGAGUCAUUGAAUCAUGGCAACCUUGUCCGACUGGAGAAGUUUUAUCGUAACAUGCUUGCAGGCGUUAAAGACAAGCUGAUGAAGAGGAGGAUACAGGAAUUAAUUAAAGAAUGCCUCAAUUCAACAAGUAAUGGAAACUAAAGGAAAGGAAGUAAUAGCAUGGUCAUGAAGAUUUGAACUUUGUUACGAAUUUGUGCAGGAUAGAGUGCUAAAUUAAAGUUUUUCUUUGAUCAGGAAGCUUGUAUACCUAUGAUAUUUUUUUUUUUUGUUGUGAAAUUUAGUUUGGAAUAAUUUUGUAUUUAUGGUUAAUAAUACGAAUAUCAAUGGUCCUGGGAUAGUUACUUAUGAACAAUUGAUUACUGGUCCUAUAUUGGAUCUUGUCAAAGGAUGGGAAUCAGUUUCUUUUGAA